AUGCUUUCCUCGAUCUCUGGCACCCCUCAUAUCAAUGAGAUCAUUGAGUUUUUCCAUCAUGAUCUCGUAAUCUGGGCUUUCAAGCUUGUAGUCUUCGGUUUUUCAUUCCUUCUCACUUAUCUCCUAACUUACAUCCGGUUUGUUAUUCAAACGUGGAGUCUGCAGGUCUCUGGAAUAUAUCCAUCACCCGUUCCUCCGUAUCUUGUACCUGGACUGGGGCAUACAUACUCCAUUAUCUUCAAUGCCGAAAGGUUUCUUCGUCCUCUCCACCAUGUACUUUCGCUCUCCACGCCCCUGAGCCCAAUUCUCCAUGUUCUUCCUGGAGAAGGGGUGAGGUCACUGUUUAGGGCACCAAAAGACCUUGUGCCGGUUCGGGGGACAUUCGACGCUCUGAAAGUCUUCUUUGGGUUGACGCCGGCGGACUACCAUGUCUUCAACAAUGAAUAUAUAUCGGCUUUGGAAGCGAAGAAAGGCAAACAAUACUCGACCUCUCAUGCAGACGCGUCGAGACCGAUCAUGGAGCUCCAGCGAAAUGAUUUUGUUACAUUCUUGCAUGGUCAAAACCUGAGGCUUGUCAUGGACGGGUUUUCAUUCAACCUCGGGCAACUGUUUCGAUCUCAUGAUUCUCAUGUUUCACCCUCAGAGCCGGUAAAUCUUCCAGACUUGUACGUGUUCUUGCCGGAUUCGAUAUUCCGAGCCGAGAUCGAGGCACUCUACGGCAAGCACAUAUUCACUGCGCUUCCUGUCAUCUCGCGAGGUAGUCCCCGAUGGCUCUAUCCCGCACAGUACCAGUCUAGGGAUAAGGUGCUUCACAACCUCGGCAAGUGGAGGAGAUACCCCUACAAAGAAGACGAAGAGCUCGGAAACGCAGUUUCAAACCCCAUCUGGGGCACGCAUUACAUGAAGAACAUGGUGCGGCGAUAUGAAGAUUUGGAGCUUUCAAAUGCAGGAAUUCCAAGUGUACUGCAUGGCUUCUUAUUCGUGACAACGGCAAACUCGAUACCAGCAGCCACGUGGAUGGCCCUCCAUAUCCUCCUUGAUAAACCUCUUGUUUCACGGUUGAGACAAGAGUUGCUGAAGGAGUCCGAGGCAAAAAAUGCCCCGAUAGAUUACACUGCACUGUUGUUGGCUCCGCUACUUAAUCCAGUCUACCGUGAAACGCUUCGACUGAACGAGUCUGUGUGGAACACUGCCCGACAAAUCAACGGGCGUACUGAGUAUCCGGUCGAGUCUUUCUGGGCAGAGAGGUUCUUGGAAUACACCGAUGACCCUAGAAGUGGUCCACUCCGGAAGCCUCCAUCAACCUACGCAAAUACGAUUGGUACCAGUCCAGUAAAGCCCUUUCGGGAUGAUUCAAAAGCUAGGUUGCCGGACCCUGCGGCUCUUCGGGGCCACUUCUUCCCUUUUGGCGGCGGUGCAUGGAGAUGCCCAGGUGAGAUUCUGGCCAAGAAAACUAUUUUGGUGACGGCUUUUUUACUGCCGAAAGAGUUGGAUGUUUACAUUUUCGACCCCAUGGAUGCGGCUAAGGCCAGUUCGCAGCAUCGGAUGAUACCCUUUGGAACGCACGCCUUCGACAGGAAAGUUCCUAUCCGGUGUUGGAAGAGAUCACAAGUUUGA